GGCGGGAGGGAACGUGGGCGUCUCCACGGCAACCCCGCCCAGGUGGGCCGCGGCCCAGCUGGGGGCGUGGCCGGAUGUGACGCGAGGAGGCGGGGCUGCCGGACGCCGGGGUCCUCGCCCAGGCCACCGCCGGAGAAACGCGAUUGGCCGAGGAAGAAAUGGAAGGCGGAGAUUCAGCCGAUGGGGAGGCAGCGCUCAGGGGAGCAGCCAAUGGGGCUGCGGAGGAGCCGGCCAAUGGGCAGCGAGCGCCCGGAGGUUUGCCAAAUGAGGAGGGAGGGAGGCCGGUACCAGCCAGUGAAGAGCUCGGGGGAGCCUGCGCAGUGGGGGAGUCAUCCAAUGGGGUCGCACUGCUGCUGGGCUUGUCCGAGGAGCAGCCCAGCUCAGCCAAUGAGCAGCUAGGGGGGAGCCAAGCGCCCGGGGGCUCAGCCAAUGAGGAGAGAGGAGGCCUGCACAGCCCAGCCAGUGAAGAGGCAGGGCCCCAAGACCCAACCAAUGAGACCACGGGACACCAGGGCCCAGCCAAUGAGCUUACCGGGCUACAGGGUGCAGCCAAUGAGAAGGCAGAGCCGCACAACCUGAACAAUGAGGCCAAAGGGCUGCAGCACCUGACCAAUGAGGAUGCAGUGCCGCAAGCCCCAACCAAUCAGGACCCCGUCCCACGCAUCCCAGCCAAUAAGGACACAGGACCUGAAGCCCCAACCAAUGAGGAUGCUGGCCUCCGAGCCCCAACCAAUGAGAGGGCGGGAAGCCAGGAUCCAGCUGACGCCCUCCGGGCUCCACCCGAUGGGGUGUCGCCCCGCCGGGCGUCACCAUCCCGCGAGCACGUGCCCCUCCCGGCCCCGCCCGAUGGGGCGGGGGAUCCCUGGGACUGGUCACGCGAGGAGGUGUGGCUGCGGGCACCCGAGGAGGGGGGGGAGGAGGAAGAGGAGGAGGGGUGGGGGCAGCUGGAGGAGGAGGACAACGACGACGGCGAGGAGGGGGAGGGGGAGGAGGAAGACCCCUGGGCGGGGGCCGGGCCCCCCCCGGGCUGGUGGCUCAGCCCUGACGCCGCCUUUGCCAAACGGGUGCUGCGGCGCGGCCGGGGGCUGGGUCGCCCUGGUCCCGGCUCCCGCUGCCGCGUGCGGCUGGAGACCCCCCCCGGGGCGGGAGUGGCGGCAGGGUGGGGGGCGGUGGCGGCAGGGGCAGGGGGCGGCCGGUGGCAGACCCUGCGGCUGGGGGAUGGCGAGGGGCGGUGGGCGGCGGCGCUGGACGCCUGCCUGGAGACGAUGGCGGCGGGGGGAGCGGGCCCGGCUGUGGCCGGCGGGGGCGGGGGGCGGCGAUGGGGGUGCGGUUGGGGGGCUUCUCCCCCGCACCCCCCUUCUGGGAGGAGGCGCCGGGCGGGCGCUGGCGGGCGGUGCUGGCGCGGCAGGAGCGGGCGGCGUCGUUGCUGGGGGCGGGGGGCGGCAGGGCCGGCGGCCAGGGCCUACGCCCAGGCCCUGCGAGCGGCGGUGGCGGCCGGGGGGGCCCCGCCAUUGCCCCCUGCCCUGGCACGGCCCAAGGCGGAGCUGCACGCCGGGCUGGCCCUCUGCCAGCUGCGGCUGGGGCUGCCGGCAGCGGCGGCCGCCAACGCCGGCAAAGCACUGGCCCUUCGGCCGGGGCACCUGGAGGCCCGGUUCCGGCGAGCGCUGGCGGCGGCGGCCAUGAGCGACCUGGAGGCGGCGGCCGCCGACCUGGCGCUGGUGCUGCGGGAGGAGCCCGGCCACGCCGGGGCACGCCGGGAGCUGCGCCGGGUGCGGGGGGCCGCCCGGGAGAGGGACGCCCGCCUGGCACGACGCCUCGGUCGGCUCUUCGCCUGAGGGGGGGGGUGUUAACGAGGGGCGCUUCGUCUGGGGUGGGGGCGGUCUGUCUGGGGGGCUGGGGAUGCCCCCUUGAUAAUAAACCGGAUUGUUGAUGA